AGACCGGACACAGUAUGAGCAAGGAUGGCUGCUGUGUUCAUGGCAACAAGCAUGGUGGGCAAAGCUAGGUCGUCCAAUUUCACCCUCUCCGAGAAGCUGGACCUACUGAAGCUGGUGAAGCCCCACAUUCGGAUUCUGGAGGAGCACACCAACAAGCAUGCCGUGAUUGUGGACAAAAACAAGUGCUGGGACAACAUUGCGGACCAGUACAACGCGCUGGGCGGGGACCGGCCGCCCCGGACCGCCCAGGGCCUCCGCACCCUGUACAAGCGUCUGAAGGAGAGCGCCAAGCAGGAGAUAAUCCAGCGCAAGCAUGCCCAGCCCGAGUACCGGGGCAGCAUCUCCGAGCCCACCAAGAGGGUCAUGGAGAUGAUCCCGCACCUCUUCCACCCGCUCCACGAAAAGGAACACAAUGCCAUGCACAGGAUCUUCUACAAGCGCGAGUCGCCGAUCGAGCAGCCCGGCAGCAGCUCCUCCCUCCCGGCCAUCUUGGACUACCAGCCGGCCGCCGUCAUGGUGCGCCUGGACCCCGACAUGGACGUCAAGCCCCCGCCCGACCUCGCCAUCCUGUCCACGCGCAUCUUGGACGGGCACGGCGACGUGGACGCGGUGGUGGCGGAGGACGAGGAGGAGGAGGAGGAGGGCAUCGGCUCGGUCCAGGGUUUCGACGGCUCCAUCUCCCCCUGCCCGUCGUCGGUGAACCUGGCCAUGUCGCACUCGCCCAUCCCGCUCCGGCGGGACCUGUACGCCCGGCCCGAGGGCCUCCGGCACCUGGUGGGCCUGGAGCAGGAGACCCUGCAGCUCUCCAAGGAGGAGCACGAGCUGCUGAUGGACAACCAGAGGAAGAUGGGGCUGUACAUCGAGGAGAAGCGCGAGGGCCUGAAGAGGAAGCAGCAGCUGGAGGAGGAGCUGCUCCGGGCCAAGAUCAAGGUGGAGAAGCUCAGGGCGGCGCGUCUGAGACACGGGCUCCCCAUUCCGCAUAUGUGACCCCAGAACCCCGCCGCCCCUUCGCUCCAACCACGCCCGAGGCCAGCCUUUACCAGGAGGUUCCGGUCUCCUCACCCUUUCUCCCUCCACUGGAGCCACGCGAACCGGGCCGGGCUCGGAGCCAAAGCCAGGGCCCCGCCGUACGGCGCGGCUGCGUUUCCCGCUAGCAGAGCCGUAGCGCGACGUAGCAUUAGCCCCGCCGUCUGCCUGGAUCGGGCCGACCGCAGCCUUCAGCCUGCGCGAUAAACAGACUCCACACUCCUCCGUGCGACGUGCGUCUUCCUCUGAGUGUUUGCUGUGAUCUGUUCAUGUUUCGUUCAUGUUUCAUCUCUGUGGGCGUGUUUUAUUUUAUUGUGUGGCUCAGAUACAGACAGGCGCACUGUAGGUGUACUGCUCUUCCAGUCUGCUAACAGCUCGUCAGAAAUGCUAGCCUGCUGCCGGAUCCCACUGACAGGGCUCUCAUUGGACUUCUUAGUACUGAGGGACAAAUCUCAGUAUUUGGCACGGUGGUCACCAACCCUGGUCCUGCAGAACUGCUGGAUCUGUUGGUUUUUGUGCCGGCCUUAAAAAAAA